AUGGUCGAGGGCUUGGUGUUGAGAAGUGCGAGCAAAUGUGCGCAAAGCAAUUGCGCGCACACGGCGACAGCGACAGCGACAGCGACAGCGACAGUGACAGCGCCGGCGACAGCGAACAGCCAGGAUGACAAGGGCUGCAAAAAGAGAAGAAUCGCAGGGCGAACCCGAGGGAAACGGCUGCUAGUAUUAAUGAACCCGCUCAACGCACCCGGCGUCGUGGAGACGCAGUGCAGCCGGCCCAGCAUCAAUGGGCAGACAGGCGAGCCAUGGUGGGCUACGUGUCAAGCGUCCAGCUCCUCCGCUAACCUGUCUCAAUGUCGGUACAUAGACGCCGGGCUGCAGGUUGCAUUUCCCGUAACAACUCCAGCCAAGGCGUUGCCAGCUGUCCCUCAACCGACGUCAGUUUUGCUCUCGUCCUGCGCUACCUCUACACACCUGCAGGGCUGUGCCGCAGCUGCGUCUCAGACGAACCACCACGCCCCAGUAGCAGUAGUUAUGCCAGCAUGGCCACCAUUGCCACGCCGCCCGUUCUGGGGCUACUCUACACACGCCCUCGACGACACUCAGCCACAAGCGACCCUCGCCGCCCUGCUGAGAAUCGUCACUGACUGCUUCCCAUGGGUCCUCUGCAACCCCACCGUGGAGACUAGUUGCAUGCACGCUGACGAUGCCCACGCUGAGAAGCCUCCAUGUCCCUGGCGUCCUUUUCUACUCGACCGACAAGUUGACCCGAGGCAGUCCGCACGUCCCCCAGCUGGCCAUGCAGAGAGCUACUCAGUUACUUACAAGGCUAAAAUGCCCAUGGAGCCGCGCUUGUCUCUACUACCUACCCUCCCUACCACCACACCACCAGCCCUCUUCCCCACUCCUGGCAGCUAUCCACAGCCACGAGGCUAUUGUCGUCUCGUCAUCUGCGCUCCCAACCAGGACUGGCACCGCCUUCUUGUUCUUCUCCCCAGUGACUCCACCCGAAUUGGCGGUGAGACCAUGCCCUGA